AUGUCUUCUCCUUCCUGGAUAGUCAAUUAUAAUAUUAUUUCCGGCGCACUGUGGUCCUUUGUCCUGGUUAACACGCUGCUGGUUGCAGCGCUUUACUCCGGCUACGAGGUUUUUGAUUUGACUUCCACGUGGAACACGCUUAUCCAGUGUUGUGCGGUGGUGGAGAUCUACAACUCUGCCGUGGGCAACGUGCGUUCGCCUCUGGUCACUACUGUGAUCCAGGUGGCUUCUCGUCUGCUGCUUGUCAUUGGCAUUUUCACAAUUCUUCCAGAUUCUCCAGCAAACGCCCAUUGGUCGUACAUCACCAUGAUCACCGCCUGGGCUAUCAGUGAGAUUAUCCGGUACUACUACUACGCUGUCAACAUUCUGAGCGAGGGCAAUCCGCCUGCGACUUUGAAAUGGCUGCGUUACAACGCUUUCUUGAUUCUGUAUCCGGUUGGUAUCUCCAGCGAGUGCACCAUGAUCUACAACAGCCUGGACGAGGCAGCACUGGCAGUUGGGGAGUGGUACAAGUGGUUUCUCAUUGCGUGCUUGGCGGUAUACGCUCCUGGCUCGUACUCCACGGUGCCGGACCUCACGCCGCUCAAAUAUGAACAGAAGCUGUACGCAUCGUUGCGCGUCCACAACAGACCAUAUCUUGUGACCAAAGGCGACGAGAUGAUUCUUCCGUUCCGUCUAAAGAACGCCGAGGUGGGCGACGUGCUCAACUUCCACGAUGUGACUACCAUCGGAUCGCGCAACUACACUUACAACGUUUCUGGGUCCAUCGACCCGAGCAUUUUCACCAUCAAGGCCGUUGUCGUGGAAAAGACCAAGAAACCGAUGUACGUGAAGGAGAUCACCAAGCGCAGAAACAGACACACGAGACACGUCAAGGUGAAACACGACUACACCGUUCUGCGCGUGUCGGAGCUCAAGCUGAACAUAUAA